AGGACAGCGGGGCUGGGUAGGUCUGCCCUGGUGCGCAGUGGCUUGAUGCUGAGAGGGAGGGAGAGAGGAAAAAUAUUGCAUUUUAUUGCAAUGUAAACCGGGCAGCUUUAUGAAUGCACUAUUAUCCAUUUAAGCCACUUUGUAUUAUUAGGAAUCCAAUAAGGCGUUUUGACUAUUUUGCAGUUUCUUGUUAUUGCAUCAAAUGCAUCCUUUUGUGGGCCCUUGGCGGUCAUCUGGUUGACUUCUAAAUACCUUCAUCAAUUGGUCACUCUGAGCAGAAAGACACCAUGCUAACCAGUAUCACGGAGGGGAUACUUUGCUGCCUAACCGGGAAGGCGGCCCGUCUCGUCCUGCCUCUGGAGUCAACGGCACCAUCCAAUGGUUUUGAGUUCGUGGAGGUGAAACCCGGAAGAGUCCUGCGAGUGCGCCACAUCAUCCCCGAACGUCAGCCCGUUGUCGACGACGAGGAUGUCGAAGGGAGCGAGCAGGACGCUGAGGACACCGACAGUGGCGUCCACUGCAAGAGGAAGAUCACAGUCUACCGUAAUGGUCAGCUGGUCAUUGAGAACCUCGGUGAUGUCUUGCACUCUGAGAUCCUUCAGUGUCUGGAUGGUGAUCUGGAACCAUGUAGUACUGUCGAGGUGGAGCUGGCUGACUACAAGGAAAUGGCCUCUUCCCCGGAUCCCAACCCGGUUCCUCCUCCUGUUCCUCCGCCUCCUGGUGAGCAAAAGCCUGCCCCACCUCCUCGCCGCCGUCGUCGGAAGCCCAAACGCACCGUGCUGAUCGACUCCAAGAGAGUGAUCACGAGCUGCAAGGGAACACACUCGGAUGUGGCACUGUUCUUCGUGCACGGCGUGGGAGGCUCGUUGGACAUAUGGAGCAGCCAACUGGACUUCUUCUCUCGGUUGGGCUAUGAGGUCAUUGCACCAGACUUGGCGGGACAUGGAGCCAGCACGGCCCCGCAGAUUGCUGCGGCUUACACUUUCUAUGCCCUGGCUGAGGACCUGCGUGCCAUCUUUAAGAGAUAUGCUCGGAAACGCAACAUUCUCAUCGGCCACUCGUAUGGAGUGUCGUUUUGCACAUUCCUGGCUCACGAAUAUCCCGACCUUGUCCACAAGGUGGUAAUGAUCAAUGGAGGAGGUCCCACGGCCUUGGAGCCCAGCCUGUGUUCCAUCUUCCAGCUGCCAUCUUGUGUCCUCCACUGUCUGUCACCUUGUCUGGCUUGGAGUUUCCUCAAAGCUGGAUUCGCUCAUCAGGGCACCAAAGAAAAGCAGCUGCUGAAGCAGGGCAAUGCCUUCAACGUGUCUCCAUUCGUGCUACGUGCCAUGAUGAGUGGGCAGUACUGGCCUGAGGGGGAUGAGGUUUACCAUGCUGAGCUCACAGUGCCCAUCCUUCUGGUUCACGGCAUGUGUGACAAGUUUGUCCCCAUGGAUGAAGACCAGCGCAUGGCAGAGAUUCUUCUGUUCGCCUUCCUAAAAGUCAUAGAGGAAGGAAGUCACAUGGUGAUGAUGGAGUGUCCCGACACGGUCAACACCCUCCUUCAUGAGUUCUUCCUAUGGGAGCCCGACAUGUCCAAAAAAGACCGCAACAAGACAGACACAGACAAGCGUGUAGCAGCCAGUGACACGCUCCACACAUUGAGAACCAACAGGUCCAUGGACAAAUAGCCAACAGUUCACGUAUGGCUUUUGUCGCAGAAUUAAGCAGACGGCCUUUUUUUGGGCAGUUGUCAAAUGUUCUUCAGGCUGCUUCCCGGCUAAGAGCUGUUACAUAGAAGGCCUCGCAUCUCAAGGAUGAGGGCGGCCGCUGGUGCUCGGAGAUAAAGCGGGAAUGAUGGCGCACUGCCAGCCAGCAAAUCAUGGAUGGACAUGAAGAUGAGAGGAACUGAUGCAAACAGUGUUGUGCUUUUUAAAAUACGUAUAUAUACAUUUAUAUUUUUGUGCUCCGUGUCAACAAAAGGACACAAGUGGAAAUGAUGAGUGUGUCACAAAAUCUGAAUGGAUUUCUGAAUGGAAUGCAUAUUUUAUAUAUUCUAUGAAAUGCUGCAGAUGCAAAGCUUGCUGACUCAGCACUGGGUCGAGCUUACAUCCAUGUUCAGUCGUUAACAUUCAUCAAAUACUGGAUGAAUUUUCUUAUGGGAAGUGACUCCAAGGUAUGCAUACGUAUAUUUAUUUCAGAGUAAUGGAAUAAGCCAGACAUAUACUAGAAGUCAUACACUGCACGGUAUGCUAUUUUUGACUCACAGAGUUAUUAAAAUGGUUCCACAUAUUGUCCACAUAUUGUAGAGCAACCAAAAAGUAUGUGUGUACAUGUUUUUACCACAUAGUUGCAUGAAGAUUUAAUAAUACUCAUGCUGUACAUAAACAAAUGUCAACAAAGUCAUUUCUUCAGUAUUUCAUGUUAUACAAUACCCAACAGAUAUAGUAGUAUUGAGGCCCAGCAUGAAUGCAGAAUACAGCAGUGGUAUUAUAGACAUGUUAAUAAUUACCCCAUACACUUAUUUUUAAUGCGAUUUUGUCCCCCGGUAUGUAUACAUGGCAUUUAUUCUGAAAUACCAGAAGUCAAGUUGAAUGAUUUGCAAUUGCAAUGACUCCUUCAGGCUUCUGUGUCUUUGACAAUGGAUGCAAACUCUCCAAAAUGAAAGAAUGGGCUCAAUCUUUUCCUCCAAGACAUUCAUUCAUGGGUGUUGCUUUGUCUCAUAGUGGGACAGUCAAGUACGAAAGCACAGUGGUUAUCUGUUCUAGACUGUUUUGUGGUGAAAUGAUGGUUUUGAAACUGGUUGUACAGUGCUUCAAAUCUAAUUUGCCUCAACUGAAAGGGGGAGCCUUUUCUUUAAAUAUGCUCACAUAAAGUAUAUGUACAUACGUACACUUGUGAGAACAGAUGCAACAAGAGUGAUUUUAUGCAAAUAAAGUGAAAUUGAGUGGCUCACUACUGGCGCCGCUACAAUAUUAGGAAACAAACAAUGACGCCGGUUCUGUGCUUGAUGUCUAUUUUCAUGUAAAAGGUCAGACAAACUGAAUGGAUGACAGGGUGCACAUGUAUUCCGCCUCUGGUUAAAAUGUGUCAGUGAUCCAGUGUGAUAUAUCCUUGUGAUUAACAAAAUGUGUUCAUGGUAUUAUUCCUGCAUUUAUCCACUGGAAUUAUAACAUAUGCGCUGCUUGAAUGUGGAUGCAUAUGAAAUUCUAUAGCCUAUCAACACAUCAGUUGGGUUUGUUGUAUGGAUGUGCCUUUCCUGGCAUGAAAUAAAAGUGAUGU